ACUUUUGGCGGGAAAGACAAACUGAUAUCUUGAUUAACGUUGGAGUAACUUUAGUGUUUGAGUAACUUUAGCUUAACCUGUUAGCCUUACCUUAAGACUAUAGAGCAAAACAUUGAAUUAAUUAUCUGAGGAAAGGCGCCGUUACUAUAAUCUUUAACCGUUUGUUGUAUUUAACUGUUAUUAACUGUUAUUAACUGUUAUUAACUGUUAUUAACUGAGUUAGCUUAGAUUCAUCCUGUUAGCUCGGUUGGCUAAUCGUUAGCAUCAGUUAUAACUCAACUAGAGAAGGAGAACGAUGGCAGCUGGGAAGAUGUGCAUCAGGAAGAACAAGGAGGAAACUGCUGAGAAAUGGACAGGGUUAUUCCUGAAUGACUUGAAAACAGAGCAAGAGUCCCUGGUCUUCGUCAAGAGGAUGAUGGCGGUGGCUAUCUCCUCCAUCACCUACCUCAGAGGGAUCUUUCCAGAGGAUGCCUACAGAUCCAGAUAUCUGGAAGAUUUGUGCAUCAAAGUUUUGCGUGAAGACUGCAACACCCCUGGUGCCAGCAAAGCUGUGAAAUGGUUGAUGGGCUGCUUUGAUGCAUUAGAGAAGCAGUAUCUCCAGUUUGUAUUCAUUGGGGUGUACACCAAUCCAGAUGAACCUAAUUGCAUUAUUGAGUCAUACCAGUUCAAAUUCAAAUACACCGAGAAGGGGCCAGAGAUGGACAUACUCAGGAACAACGACGUGGAGAUGCAGGUGACGUUGGAAGACACCAAGAGAGCCUCGGUGCUUCUCAUCAGGAAGCUCUUCCUGCUCAUGCAGAACCUGGAGGCCCUCCCCGACAAAGUGUACCUCACCAUGAAGCUGUACUAUUACGACGACAUCACCCCAGAGGACUACCAACCACCAGGCUUCAAGGAGGGCGAAUGUGACAGCCUCUGGUUUGAAGGCAUGGCUGUGCACUUCAAGGUGGGCGAGGUGCAGACGGCAUUCCACACCUUGAGAGUGCGGGUGUCGGCGGAACAAGGCCGGCUGGAGAAGCUUCAAGAAGGGAACCACCCGAGGGAGACCAAGCAGGAAGGAAAUCUUCCAGAAACGGGAAUGAUCGAGGAUCCUCUUAAGAAAACAAACGCCGAAGAGGAUCUGCCUUCCGAAGAUGAGUCUGCACAGUUCAAGAAACCUAAAAGACCCAUGGCAAAGAGAAAGGCAGCUUCCAGAAAUCUGUCAAGGAAGAGAAGAAGAACUUAGCCACAACAUCACACAAAACAAAAGCUCUGUCAGCAAUGUGAACACAAACAGGAACUAUUUCUUCAUUUUUUUGCAAUGUUAAACACUGUUUAUUGUUAUGUUACAAUUUA